AUGGAUCGUUCCGUAUCGUCUGUUUUAGAAAAAUCUAUAGCGUUGGAUGAAAAGUCUGACAAAAUAAAUGGGGAUCAACGGGUGUCUGUUGACCUUGGAGAAAGUGAAGAAGCAGCUGAAGUUUAUGUAAUUGAUCACAAGGCAGAGCGAAAAUUAUGUCGUAAGCUCGACAUUCGAAUCCUCCCUCUUUUAGCGCUUUUAUACCUAUUUAAUGCCCUCGAUAAAUCUAAUGUAUCCAAUGCAAAAACCAAUGGUAUCGACAAGGAUUUGGGAUUUAAGGGCGACGAAUACAAUAUCAUGAUUUCCAUAUUCUACAUACCUUUUGUUCUUUGUGCUUUUCCUUUCUCUUAUUUGUAUAAGCGUUUUGGAGCUGCCCGAAUGUUACCUCUUUUUAUGCUUUCAUUCGGUGUAAUGUCGCUCUGUCAAGCGGCCGUCAAAAACUUUGCUGGAAUGAUGACAGUUAGAUGGUUUUUGGGCAUGGCUGAAUCUGCUGUUUUACCGGGAGUAGUAUAUUACCUUACUACCUUCUAUAGACGUACUGAACUUGCUAGACGCUUGGCGAUUUUUUACGCAGCUGCAAACAUAUCUUCCGCGUUCGGAGGGCUAUUAGCUUACGGUGUUUUUCACAUAAAAAGCGGAAAACUUAAAGGUUGGCAGUACCUAUUUUUAAUUGAAGGAAGUAGUACUUUUUUGUCCGCUGCUCUUAUUUUUCUACUUCUUCCUGUCAGCGUGGAAAAGGCUCACUUUCUAACGGAUGAAGAUAAAUUUUUAGCACGAAUGAGGAUCGACAAUGAUUCUUCCUCUGCAAUUACCGAAAAACUAACAUUUAAGCAGUCGCUUUCUGUGUUCAAUAAUCCAAUUGCUAUUCUCUGGUUACUCGAAGAAAUGGCUUUAGGAGUCCCUUUGAACAGCAUCAAUAACUGGCUUCCUCAGAUUGUAGGAGCUAUGGGAUUUUCUUCGGUUAACACAAACUUAAUGACAGUAGCUCCAGCCAUAUCAGGUGCUGUGUGGCUUCUUGUAUUUGCUUUUGUAUCAGAUUACCUGGAAAAUCGCGGUAUAAUAUUAAUUAUCGCAAUUUCUACAACGAUGGUUGGAUUCAUAGUUUAUGGAUCAAUUGACAUUUUGAAUCAUAUUGGCAUCUCUUAUUUUGCUUGUUUUUUAAUGACUGCGGGGGCUGCUGCUUCAUCAGUUCUAACAUCGACUUGGUACAACAAUAACAUACCUAAUGAGGGUCGUCGUGCGGCUUUUACCUCUGUUGGUGUCCCACUAGCAAAUGCGAUGGGUCUCGUAUCUAGUAAUAUAUUUCGUCCUAAAGAUGCUCCGAAAUAUGUCCUUGCACUUGGAAUUACGGCAGGCUUUGGUGGGUUAGGAAUUCUUUUGGUCGCAUCUAUUAACCUUUAUAUGCUGUAUGAUAAUAAUCGCCGCAAUAAAAUACAGGGACGUAAGAAAACUUUUGCAGAUGUUAGCACCAAAGAAUUGGGCGAGGGGCCAGUAAAUCCAAAUUUUAGAUGGUUCUAUUGA